AUGGAGAAAGGAAAUUAUUCAUUAGUGACUGAGUUCAUCCUCAAAGGGCUGACAGAUCAGCCAGAGCUACAGCUGCCCCUCUUCUUCCUGUUCCUAGGGAUUUAUAUGGUAACUUUGGUGGGAAACCUGGGCAUGAUCAUACUUAUUGGAAUCAGUUCUCCUCUUCACAACCCCAUGUAUUUUUUUCUCUGUAGUUUGUCCUUCAUUGAUCUCUGUCAGUCAACUGUCAUCACUCCCAAAAUGCUGGUGAACUUUUUAUCAGAGCAAAACAUCAUUUCCUACCCUGAGUGCAUGACACAGUUCUAUUUUUUUGCCUUUUUUACCAUUUCUGAAUGUCAAAUGUUAGCAGUGAUGGCAUAUGACCGCUAUGUUGCUAUAUGCCGUCCCCUUCUUUAUAGUCUUAUCAUGUCCUUUCAGACAUGUUCAUGGUUGGUAGUUGGUGUGUAUUCCUUGGGACUAUUUGGGGCCACAGCUCACACAAGCUGCAUGCUUAGAGUGCUCUUUUGUAAAGAAAACAUAAUUAAUCAUUACUUCUGUGAUCUUCUUCCACUCUUGAAGCUCUCUUGUUCCAGCAUCUAUAUCAAUAAAUUGGUUUCUCUGGUCUCCAGUACAUUUAAUAUUUUUUUUCCAACAUUAACCAUCAUUUGUUCUUAUGUUUUCAUCAUUUCCAGCAUUUUAAAAAUUCAGUCCAGUGAAGGCAGAUACAAAGCCUUCAGUACCUGCAGCUCUCAUAUUGUAGCAGUUGGUAUCUUCUUUGGUUCUCUUACAUUCAUGUACCUGAAGCCAUCUUCACUUGCUUCCAUGGAUCAGGGAAAAGUAUCCUCUGUGUUUUACACUAUCAUUGUGCCCAUGCUUAACCCUCUCAUAUACAGUCUGAGAAAUAAGGAUGUGAAAAUUGCCUUGAGGAAAGUGAUAGAAAAAAGGACAUUGUAG